AUGCGACGCAAAUUCCCACUAUACACACGAACACACAGGGUGCAAGAUGACCUUCUAGGGAUGCCAAACGACAGACUGGAGGCCCGAUUGCAAUACGUCAUGUACAACAAGCCGAAUAUACGACACAUAACCCAAAUUCUACGGUUACUCAUUCGGGACCGACAUGUCCAGCCGAAUGCCCGACACUACAAAGCACUGAUCCUUGCGAAUACGGAUAACGAGAGGGGAUCGCCGGAGAUUGUGCGCGGGCUACUGGAGGAGAUGGAGAAUAACGGCAUCACUGCGGAUUCGGGUACACUCCACGGCGCAUUGCAGGUUCUUGCUGUACAUCCGGAUUACCUCCUACGACAAGAAAUUCUGAACAAGCUACGAGGCCGAUGGCUCACACUGAGCCCGGCCGGGUGGCAUUUUGUGGCAGCGGGUCUUCUCCGCGAGAAUCAGCUUGAGCUUGCGCUCGAGCAUGUUGCAUUGAUGGAGCGCAAGGACAUAUUUGUGGAAAACUGGCUACACAGUAUAAUUGUCUACACACUCUGUGAUCAUCAGGAAUUGGACGAGGUGUACAAGGUGAUGCGGGCGCGAGUCGACCAGGGCCACGACAUGACCCGGCAGCUUUGGAUGCACGUGCUGGCCGAGGCAGGGAAGCAUGCUCACUACCCUAUGACUCACUAUGUGUGGCGGCGCAUGGUUGAAUUGGGCUACAUGCAUCCGCCGGUCGAAGUCUGCGAUGACGUGCUGAAAAUAGCUGCAAAUGCAGGCGAUACAGAGCUCGCCAGCUCUGUGUUCCGUUACCUCAGUGAGGGCGGGCACCAGCUUGAUCGCACUCAGUAUGAACGACUCGUCGAGACGCACGUGGCAGCCGGUGAUUUGCCUGCUGCGUUCGAAACGCUCUGCACUAUGCAUGAGGCUGAGAUCACUCUAGCGAAUACCUCGACUGAGAGUCUUCUAACGUAUAUGAUUGAAAAUAAAGUUGAUCGCCGGGAGGCCUGGCAGAUCCUCAAGCAAUUGAAGAAUGCGAAACGGUCCAUUCCCAUCGACUCUGUCCGCGUCAUCGCGGACCUGUGUGAACAUGAUGCCCAUGAUGAUCCAUCCGUCGUGGACGAUGGCGUUGGAUUUUACAAAGAGCUCUAUACAUUAUGCCCCGAAGGGGCAGACGUUCGAGUGUACAAUGCGCUCAUUCGGAUGUGCCGCACGGCCCGCAACCGCGAAUCGGGAAUGUUCCUUGUGAAAGAGAUGGCGUCACUUGGAGUGGUACCCAACGGCGUCACGUUUGAGUCCAUCAUCCUGAUGUGUCUGGACGCGGGCAAUUUCCGCUCUGGCUUUAUGUAUUUCCAAGAUCUGCUCAAGCGAGACGCUUCACUCAGCCCUGAAACGCAGGCGGAAAUUCGCAAUAUUUGUGCGGGGUCUGUAGACGAGUUUGCGAUGCGACUGCAGUAUCACCCCGUGAUUCGAGACGACGUGCAGAAGCUAGAUGAUCAGCUUCAGCAGGAACAGAAGGAGAAAGAAGCGAAUGAGAGAGCAGGCCGCCACCCUAUACCCCCGGCGGUUCGUCGACUGAAUAUGUCAGACGAGCAGCGACGCAACUACAACAAAGAGCGUCGAAAGAAGAAACGGCGCCGCCUUGCCAUCGAGCGCAACAUGAAAGAAGAGGGUUGGGGCGACUGGGAAGCAGGUGGCACCGAAAAUAACCCAGCCAAGUCCAAGUGA